AUGGAUGCGCUGAUAAAAUUAAGCUUUUUUAUUCGAGAUCUCGAUCUUCAACUGGAACAAUUGCACGAGGAACAGCCGGCGAAUUUCCAGAAAUCAUUUACUAUUUUUCGUGGUCAAGGGCUCAGUAAAAAGGACUUGCAGAGUCUAAGUAAUUCAAAAAAUGGACUGCUUUCGCUCAAUAACUUUUUAUCAAGUAGUAUCAAAGGAGAUAUGGCUAUAGGAUUUGUUCAAGAUGCACUACACACAAAUGCAUCUACGAUGGAUAUAAUUUUUCUUAUGACAAUUGAUCCGAAUAAAACUUUAACGUCGACAACUAGAUUGGUCAUGUUCGAUGUUUACAGUGCUCUUCCACAAGAGAAAGAAACACUUUUUGUCAUGCACGACAUUUUUCGUGUGAGUAAUAUUAAACAGACAAUCAAAAAUAAUCAUCUUUGGGAAGUACAAUUGACUGUUACAAGUGAUAGCGAUCCACAACUGGCUGGUCUUGCCAAUCGCAUAAAAAAGGAUCUUUGCGGUUCUUCCGAAUGA